AUGGCGACAAAGAUUCAAAGCCAGUGGCGUGGUUGGACUGCUCGAUGUGAGGUGUCUGCACUGCGUGCUAAGGCUGCUGCUGCGGCUGCCGCUGCUGAGAAGGCUGCCGCUGCUGAAAAGGCUGCUGCUGAGGAGGCUGCUCGUGAAGCUGAGGUCAGGAGCAGGAUGGCGACAAAGAUUCAAAGCCAGUGGCGUGGUUGGACUGCUCGAUGUGAGGUGUCUGCACUGCGUGCUAAGGCUGCUGCUGCGGCUGCCGCUGCUGAGAAGGCUGCCGCUGCUGAAAAGGCUGCUGCUGAGGAAGCGGCUCGUGAAGCUGAGGUCAGGAGCAGGAUGGCGACAAGUUUGGAUUGUUUGAUGUGGGGUGUUUGUUUUGGGGGCUGCUGCUGCUGA